AUGGAAACAACUAAUCAUAAAAAAAGGGAUGGUCGGGAAAUACUCUGCACUGACAUAUCAACGAGUAGUAAGAAGAAAUAUAAGCGGCAAAAUUCAGAAUACACAAGAAUAUUUCUUGAAGCUUUGUCAACAUUACCAGAACAGAAAAAAGAUAUAAUCAGGAAGCUUGGUUUUGGUUCUAUUCUUAGUUUCUCAUGCUAUAGCAAUCUUCAAGUCAUCUUUGAAUGGCUAAUCUAUCAGUUUGAUACAAACUCUGGAACUCUAUCACUAGAAGAUGGCUUCACCUUCACAUUAUCCUGUCAUUCUGCACAAAUGAUACUAGGAUUCCCUGCUGGUCCAAAACCUGUAGUCAGAACAAAAACAAUGGAAUGCUCAGAUUUCAUUAUGAACAUUGUGAAAACACACUCUCCAACAGUAGAACAUUUAUGUUCUUUGCUGUCAACUGAUUUGAAUGAAGAUUCUUUCACUGUGGUUUUCAUGCUCUUACUAAUUACUGCUUUCAUUGAUCCAAAUGCAACUGGUGUCCCAAACCCUGCUUAUUAUCCCAAUUUGAAGGAAAUUGGUUCAAUCCCAAACCUAGACUGGUGUUCUUUCACACUUGAUUGCCUGUUACGAUCUAUCAAGAAAUUUCUGUUCAGGAAAAUGCAAAACAUAGAGUUGGAAUCUGGAGGUUGCAAGAUACUAUUAGUGAUAUCGUACUUUGAGUUUCUAAUAACUUCAGAGUUCAACUUGGGCAACAGUGUACCAAGGUUACCCCUGUGGACAACCCAUGUCGUAAACUCAUACAUCGCCCUUGAUUCACAACAAGGAAAUAGCAGAGGAUUUGGAAGACUAUCUAAAAAGCACAUAACAUCUACACCAUUCAAAGGAAGUAAACAGCAAAUGGAAAUGCCUCCAGAAAUAAAAGAUUACAUGGAACUAAAAUUUCAAGGAAUUGCUUCAUUUCAGGACAAGAAGAGGCUGCAAUCACUUGUUUCCAAUUUCUUCCAUAAAAUGGUUCAAAACUCCAUUCCAAUUGUUAGAGGUUAUGUAGAUGACAUUCAACUCGUCUCAUCUUCAUCUAAUAAACAAGAAAUUGACCCUACUGUUGGGAAUGAAAUGCAAUUUUCUACUCAAACAAAAAAGAAUGCAACAACUGAAGAAAUCAAGUCGAAAUGGUUGUAUACAAACCGAAGAAAAAAGUUUCGGAAGAACGAGAUGGAGCAAUUCUUCCAGAACAUGUUCCUUUUCCAUCAAAUUGAAGUCCCCAAGGACAACUACAAUACUAGCAUGGAUUUCAAACAAAUUCUACAUAAGUUCAGUAAAGGUUGUUCAAUUGGAGAAAAUUCUGAUGGUUUUGAUCUACCAAAUAAUUAUCCUGAUUACGAAUCAAGUUUGCUUCAUCCGAAAGACAUGGCAUCAACAAUCAUUUCAAAUGAUUCAUCCGUACAGUUCUCUGAAUUCCUUGAACAAAUCAAAGAAGGUUAG